GUUCACCGUCUCCGAAGCGGGUCGGCCCAGCCAAUUCUCCUAGGCGCCCAGGCCCGGUGCGCGCGUGCGUGAGCGCGCUUGCGCCGCCGGGGCUGCUGCAAAGGGAGGAGAGCGGCCGCCUCAGGAGGAUCCCUUUUCCCCCAGAAAUUACUCAAUGCUGAAACCUUUCAAAGUGAUAUUAGAGACGUUGGAAUCACCAUGGAUGGAUUUUAUGAUCAGCAAGUCCCUUUUAUGGUCCCAGGGAAAUCUCGAUCAGAGGAAUGUAGAGGGCGGCCUGUGAUUGACAGAAAGAGGAAGUUUUUGGACACAGAUCUGGCUCAUGAUUCUGAAGAGUUGUUUCAGGAUCUCAGUCAACUUCAAGAGGCUUGGUUAGCUGAAGCACAAGUUCCUGAUGAUGAACAAUUUGUCCCCGAUUUUCAGUCUGAUAACUUGGUGCUUCAUGCCCCACCUCCAACCAAGAUCAAACGGGAGCUGCACAGCCCCUCCUCUGAGUUGUCCUCCUGCAGCCAUGAGCAGGCUCUUGGUGCUAACUACGGAGAAAAGUGCCUCUACAACUAUUGUGCCUAUGAUAGGAAGCCUCCCUCUGGGUUCAAGCCAUUAACCCCUCCUACCACGCCGCUGUCACCCACCCAUCAGAAUUCCCUAUUUCCCCCACCUCAGCCAACUCUGCCCACCUCAGCACAUACCCCUGCAGCCGGCCCAGUACAAGGUGUGGGCCCUGCCCCCGCACCCCAUUCACUUCCAGAACCUGGACCACAACAGCAAACGUUUGCGGUGCCCCGACCACCACAUCAGCCCCUGCACAUGCCAAAGAUGAUGCCUGAAAACCAGUAUCCAUCAGAACAGAGAUUUCAGAGACAGCUGUCUGAACCCUGCCACCCCUUCCCUCCUCAGUCAGGAGCUCCUGGAGAUAAUCGCCCCAGUUACCACCGGCAAAUGUCAGAACCUAUUGUCCCUGCAGCUCCCCCUCCCCCUCAGGGAUUCAAACAAGAAUACCAUGACCCGCUCUAUGAGCAUGGGGUACCAGGCAUGCCAGGCCCCCCAGCACACGGGUUCCAGUCACCAAUGGGAAUCAAGCAGGAGCCCCGGGAUUACUGCGUUGACUCAGAAGUGCCUAACUGCCAGUCAUCCUACAUGAGAGGAGGGUAUUUCUCCAACAGUCAUGAAGGUUUUUCAUAUGAGAAAGAUCCCCGGUUAUACUUUGAUGACACUUGUGUUGUGCCUGAAAGACUGGAAGGAAAAGUCAAACAAGAGCCCACCAUGUAUCGGGAGGGGCCCCCUUACCAGAGGCGAGGUUCCCUCCAGCUGUGGCAGUUCCUGGUCACCCUUCUUGAUGACCCAGCCAAUGCCCACUUCAUUGCCUGGACAGGCCGAGGCAUGGAAUUCAAGCUGAUAGAACCUGAGGAGGUUGCAAGACGUUGGGGCAUCCAGAAGAACCGGCCAGCCAUGAACUAUGACAAGCUGAGCCGUUCUCUACGCUAUUACUAUGAGAAGGGCAUCAUGCAGAAGGUGGCUGGGGAGCGAUACGUCUACAAAUUUGUCUGUGACCCGGAUGCCCUCUUUUCCAUGGCCUUCCCGGACAAUCAGCGUCCAUUCCUGAAGGCAGAGUCCGAGUGCCACCUCAGCGAGGAGGACACCCUGCCGCUGACCCACUUCGAAGACAGCCCUGCUUACCUCCUGGACCUGGAGCGCUGCAGCAGCCUCCCCUAUGCUGAGGGGUUUGCUUACUAAGUUUCUGAGUGGCUGAGCAGCCAAACCCUAGAGCUAGCAGUUCCCAUUCAGGCAAAUGAGGGCAGUGGUUUUGUUUGUGUUUUUGGCUGUUCCUUAAGCUUGCCCUUUGAGUAUUAUCUGGAAAACCCAAGCCAUCUCUGGAUUGGCACCCUUAAAGACAUACACCUUAAAGAUAGGAGUGGGAACGGGGAGGGGCAGAAAACCACCAAAAGGAUGGUGCCUCAACUCUGAUUCUGAUGAGGUUUCUGGGAAAAGAUCAAAAUGGAGCCUCCUUACUAUGGACAAUAUAUGCAAAGCAAUACCUUGUUCAGGUUAGUACCCACAAAACGGGACAGAAUGUGUGACAAUCUUCAUUGAUCAUGGACUAUUAAAUGCCUUUACAUAGAAGGGCUCUAGUUUGCACAAAUUAUUGAAAAAGAAAUCACAAACCCAUAGAAAAGUACAUAGGCUAAGUUAGGGAGGCUCAAACUAUUAAGGGUUAAAAAUAUGUUUUGAAAUUUGGAGAGCUCUUCUAGCUUGAUCUGAAAUGUUUCCCAUUGGUCUAGAAAAAAGGGGAGAAGUAAGAACAGCUGUUACCCACUCUAUGGUUCUCAAAUUGUAAGUCACUGCUACUCUUGGGAACCUUUCUGGCCAUGUGGUCACCAAGUAGAGCAAGCCCCCUUUCUCUUUCCAGUCACAUGGCCGAGUGUGGACAGCUUUCAUUUUAGGAGAAGGGCAAUGAACACUUUUGACAGUAUUUUGUUUUACUUUGAUUUGGGGGAUUGUUUUGUUUUGGUGGUUGUUUUGGAAAAACAGUUUAUAAACUGAUUUUUGUAGUUUUGGUAUUUAAAGCAAAAAAAAAACCCUUUUGGUAACUGUGCACUGUGUCCUUUAGCCAGGGCCGUGCCAACUGAUGAAGACGCUGCAGCUUGAGAGGGGCUUUGCUGGGGGCUUCCCCUUAGCCAUGUAAAAGCCCACUUUGUUGCCUGCUUAGUGCUUUCUGCACCAGACAACCUGAUGGAACAUUUGCACCUGAGUUGUACAUUUCUGAAGUGUGCAGGGCAGUCUGGACACAAGCUUAAAUUCUAUAUGUAUAGUUCCCCAUGUUCACAAACAUGCCCUCUCAAACAUGGAAAGCAUAUGUACAUAAUAUACAUCACAUCCAUUUGAAACCUGGUCACCUGGUGGGAACCCUAGGGAUUCUUCCCUGGACAUAACUGGUGACAGUUUCCAUUUCAUCAGUUUGUUUUGAUUUCCUUCUCCUUUUAAUCUUGGACUUUAACUCCUACAUAUGAUUCAGUAGGGUUCGAGACUUAUGUGUGACCCUGACAGGUAAAACAGAGCUAGCAUUCUAUUGCCACUUUUUUUUAAGUUUAUUUUGAAUGCUGUAUUAUAUUGGAAAAGUUUUAAACCAAGCUAAAGCUAUGUGAAAGUUGAGCUCGAAGUAGAGGAAAAGUUACUAGAAAGUGGUAGUACUUUGCUGCCUGCUCCAUUGGUAGAGUUCUGUGCUCCCCUUGACACUUAGCAUGUUAAGAAUGGCUGUGCUGUUCCUGAGAUGCAAAGGAGACAGUGCUGACUCCAUGAGAGUAAGACACAUGCCUUGAAUUGCUUUUCUAUUAAUGGAGCGUUCCAUAGUCUCAAACAGUCCCCCUUGUGACUGACAGCACAUUUGUGAAGAAGUUCACGGGGACAAGGGGUUCAUUUUAUAGCUGUGGAAACAAUAGAUUUUCCUCUAUUGGAAACUAAUUAGCCCACAAAGGUGUUGAACCUAUAGCUUGGGUCUUAAUUAGCAUUGUACUCUAAUCAAAAGACUCUUUCUAAAACCAUAUUUAUAGCUUUCUAACCUACACAUAAUCUGUAUACAUAGAUGCAUAUUUAACCCCCCUGCCGGCUAGAGAUUUAUUUGUUGUAAAUGCUGUAUAGAUUUGUUUUUCCUUUCUAUACUUAUCCUGGUUUGGGUUUUUUGUCGGUUGUUUGGUUUUUUUUUUCUAUGAACUUAUGCUGUCUUAGCAAGUAUGAAAGUAAUCCUCUAUAGCCUGAGCUACCCCUCCCCUGCUGAAACUAUGUGGCCUGUGCUGUCACAGGACAUAGGACGGCAGCAUCACCGUGGCAUUCCCAUCAGAUUCAUGCACUUCCCGGAUGGUUUUUGGGUUUUUUUCAGGGUUUGGGGGGUCUGUUUUUUCGCUUCUUUUCCAGAGUGUGGAAAGUCUACAGUGCAGAAGAAAGGCUUUAACCUGCCAGUUGAUUUGAAAUACUUUCCCCUGCGCAGGGCUGUAUGCAUCCUGCCAAGCUGCGUUAUAUUCUGUACUGUGUACAAUAAAGAAGUUUGCUUUUCGUUUA